UCCAGGCUUUUAAGUAAAAAAAAAAAGAAACAGUACACUUUGCUACUACUAGGAAGAAGAAUAAACCCAGGUUGUGUUGCCGCUGAAAAUGAACCAAAGUGGCUACUACUACUUAGCUUCGGUAUCAUUGAAGUGAGUGAGUGGUUUCAUGCUCCAAUGGCGGUUCACAACACCAAGCGCGGCGUCGUUGCUCGUUUAACAACCCUAAUCAACUCACAGAGGUUUCUCUCCCAUGUUCCCGAGGAACCAGUGCAGGGUCAACUAUCUCCCAAAACAGGUUCCACUCGCCGAGGUCGUGUUGGCGUCUCAAAAUGGACGAGUUUGGAUGCAGAGAAGCUUGGUAUACCUAGAUAUAUGGUUUCGGACUCAUCUUGGUUUGUACUGAAACUUCUUAAGAGCAAAGGAUUUAAGUCCUACUUAGUAGGUGGGUGUGUGAGAGAUUUACUACUGAAUAGAACCCCAAAAGAUUUUGAUAUCAUCACUAAAGCAAAUCUUGAGCAGGUGAGAAUGCUGUUUCGUAGGGCAGGCGGUGCUGAAGUUGUUGGACGACGCUUUCCAGUAUGCCUGGUUCAUAGAAAAGGUUCAGUAGUAGAGGUAACCAGUUUUGAGACAGUGUCAAUCACUUCUGAAGGGACAGAACAAUUUUUGAAGUCUGUGUUGCCAAAAUGCAGCAAUCGAGAAGGCCUAUUUCUCUUCAAAAACUCUUUGCACAGGGACUUCACAAUUAAUAGUUUAUUUUAUGACCCCUUUGCCAAUAAAGUCUACGAUUAUGCUAAUGGAAUGGCGGAUUUGAGGUCCUUAAAGCUAGAAACUGUGAUCCCUGCUCAGCUGUCCUUUGAAGAGGAUCCUGGGAGAAUUUUGCGUGGCUUCAGAAUUGCUGCUCGUCUAGGUUUAUCAUUAUCAAGGGAGACUGAGGCUGCAAUCUGGACAUGCUCUUCACUAGUUAAGAACUUGAACAAGCAAAAAAUAAUGGUGGAAUUGAACUAUAUGCUGUCUUAUGGAGCUGCUGAACCAUCUCUGCACUUACUCUGGAAAUUCAAAUUGCUUGAAUUUUUACUUCCGCUGCAUGCAGCAUAUCUUGACGAACAAGCAACUAAAGAGGAUGCUCAGGCGUCCAACAUGUUGAUGAAAUUAUUCUUCCAUCUGGAUAAAUUGGUCGGAUGUGAUAGGCCUUCUGAGUGCAAUCUAUGGGUUGGAUUACUAGCAUUUCACCUGGCAUUAGUAGAUCAACCUCAAGAUGCUCUUGUGGUGUCGGUACUUGCUUCUGUUCUAUAUCAUGGGGAGUGGAAAGAAGGGGUUAAAUUUGCUAAAAAAUGUGCAGACAUGUGUGUUAGUUUUGCACCUGAAAUAAAGAGCCCCAGUAUAUACGAUUCAGAUGAAGAAAUUGCAAAAGAAGUCACUAAAUUGGCACAUUUGGUGAUGGGCUCCAUAUCUGCACUGGUCGAGGAUAAAAUUCUUACUUAUUUCCUGUCUAGAUACCCACAUUUUCCACGCUCUGGCAUGGUAUUUAUACCAAAGAAAACAGGGAGAAGUGUUUGUGCAAUUUUCAAAAUGCUGCUGGUCAACGAUAUCAAACUAUAUAAGAGUAAAAGAAAAGGUUCUAAGAUAAAUUACACCAUGCUUCGGAGCGGUGAUAUUUCAGAAGUUGGAUUUGUUCUGGGCAAAAUUGUUCUUGAAACUAUGAACAGUGGAAUUGUUGGGGACAGGGAUGAUUUUGAGGCUCAACAAUGUCAUCUUAAGACUGAGGCCCCCAAGGAAAUUAGCCAACUCUCGGAUCUAGUAAACCAUCACUUGGUGGCAAAGAAAGGUAAAAGACAGGUUUUAUCGACACCAAAUCCAGAACGUAGGCAACAACAGAUCAAGAAACAGAAUUUUUUUGAGAAUAGAUGUAAUGCUAAGCAGAAAAUGGGCUCAGAGAACCAUGAAUUGCUUGAGGAAUUUGAGUACAAGAAAACCAAUGAAGAGCAUCAAAAGCUAUACCAGAAGGUUGAUCAAUCUAUGACGACGGAUUCGCUGGCUAAAAAGAAAAAUAGUCACAGAAAACAGCUGAUAAAUGAUAGGAAGAAGAUUGUCAGCCCCGGUGUAAGUUCUUCAGACCAAGGCAGGCAUUUAAAGAUGGAAGAACACAAUACAUGUUCGCCAUCACAAUCUACCGUGUCUAAGAUUCAUGAGGUGAUAGACAAUAACUGCAAUUUAGAUACUACAAAUGAGUCCGGCCUAAAGAAGAGGAAAAACCAUUUAUCAAUUGAUGAAGUCUUCAACAAGAAAGAAAGACAGCAAUCACAUAAAAAGAGUGAGCGAAGUUUUCCUUCACUCUCCAGUCUCUUCAAGAAAUGAAUUAACAUUUUUUAUCGCAGAAGAUAAUCUAUUUCCUUCAGCACAGUUGAGACAAAGCGUAUCUUUUCACUGCAUAAGAAGCAGAAUGUAUUCUUGAUAUGCUAUUGGCCAAUUAAUUUGAUUGAAUGAAUUAAUGUGUUUGUAUUUGUGGACGAUGAAAUAAUUCCAAAUUACUUUUAGAAAUAAAAUUAAAAUGGACAGAAAA